CUGCUGCUGCCUGUCGAUCUAGUUAUAUAUCACUUGCCUCUUCUUUCUUUCUUGCUCUUAGUUAGUAGUACACCACUUACAUGUGUGCAUAUCAUAAUGUCAAUGAGUAAUUACAGUAAGAUGAGUAGUAGCUCUGUGUGGCAGUUGUCAGUUACUACUCGUAAGGAUGAUGUACUACAAUAUCAUGAUGAUCCGGAGGUCAUGGCCUCCCGAGAAGCUGAUCAUGAUCAGUAUCAAACAGGGACAGCAGCAACAAGAGUAGCACUGAUUGACAAUCAAUUGAUGCAAAUGACUACUACUGCCGCAGAAUACUCAGAUGAUGAAGAUCAUAAUAAGAAGGAUUAUUAUUAUCGUUAUGGAAAGAGUAGUAGUUCCAAUUUGAAGAACAACAACAAUAUGAGUUAUGCGGCAUUGAAAUGGUUAGAAAUGAAAUUAGGCGGCGUGCAGGCUGUGCAGCAUAACAAUAAGUCCCUUCAUUACUAUGUGCAGCAACAGCAGCAGCAGAGUGAUAGUGAGAGUAGUGAGAUGAUGAGCAGUAGUCAUGACAAUGAUUAUUGUUAUUACAAUAAGCAGCAGCAGGUGUGGCAUAAGACGCUGCCUCAGGCUGAAAUGCUGCCUAGAAAUGAAGUCUUGGGAGGUUACAUUUUUGUAUGCAACAACGAAACCAUGCAAGAGGAUCUCCACCGUCAACUCUUCGGACUCCCUCAAAAGUACAAGGACUCCGUAAGGGCAAUUACCCCAGGCUUACCCCUUUUUCUUUACAACUACACAGCCCACCAGCUCCAUGGAGUUUUUCAGGCUGUGAGUUUUGGAGGAUCAAACAUCGAUCCAACAGCGUGGGAAGACAAGAAAUCCAAAGGAGAAUCAAGAUUUCCAGCACAAGUUAGAAUUCGAGCCAAGGAAAGGUGCAAACCACUAGAAGAGGAUGCUUUUAGGCCAAUACUCUACCACUAUGAUGGCCCGAAGUUUCGUUUACAACUCUCUGUGCCUGAGGUGCUUGCAUUGUUAGACUUAUUCAAAGAAGAUCACCGGCUCUAAAUGUAAGGGGCGUGCAGCUUCAGAAACCAAUUACGUACAGCCACACGCCAUGUCCAUUAAGUUGUAUAAUGGGAGUAGAAAAAUCAUCCCCCAAAAACAAAAAUUAUAUAUAUUACAUAUAUAUGUAUAUAUAUGUUUGUAUAAUACUAUAAUAUAGUGGUAACAUGAACGUGAAAAGGAUGGCAGAGCAGAGCCGCAGAAGCAUGCAAUGGUUACUUUCACAAAAAUCGUAUCGUAAUAAUUAAAUAUGAUGAUCAGAAGUGAAGAUUAAAAGCUAAACUAAGCAACAUUAGCAAUUAGCAAUGGGACAUACAGUCAUGCAUAAAUAUGUUUGAAAGGUCAUGCGUAGGCUUCCAUUAAUCAAAGAAUAUUUAAUACAAUCAGAAAGAUUUUUAAAUUUGAAGUAGUUGAUCUUAAUUCACGCUGAAAGCUCAUUAAACUUGAUUAUUUAUGGUUAGCAUCAAUAAGUAUUCUUUUUUAAGAUUUUAAGUGAAUAGAUUGUCCCAUGAAAUAAACAAGACGCACACAUUAAAAAAAAAAAAGUAUAUAAAAACAAAAAGAAAAACGCGAGAUAAAUUCCAUAGAAUUGUUCAUUAGGGAUUGAUGUACAUGCAUCGCUUGAAUGUAAACUUGAAUGCAAACUCUUAGAGCCUCCGGCGUCACCCCUACAUUAUACUUAUCAAUCGAAAGGAACUUCUCUAGUGUAGCACCAAUAGCUUUUGCAACCUUAUUCGACCAAAAAGAUGGAUGAAGUUUAUGCAAUUAGACGGGGUGAGUGGAGCCUUUACCAAAUCAGAAACACCAUCAU